AUGCCAAAAUGCCCUCGCACGGCCGAGGUGUCGCGGCGCCUCGUCGACGCCUACGUGACGACACUACGCCAGCACCUUCCAACGUAUUGUAUUCGGCAGCUCGACAAAUUGCCCAGUGCGCAGGAGCACCAGCUCACACGUCUACGCCAGUUCUACCCUGGCACUCCAGCGGAGUUGCUAUACCUUCUUCAGCGCGUGAACGGAACGUGCUGGGAGACGCUGCAGGCUCUAUCCGGCUCCGCACCAUCGUCGGCUGCUGUGGUGCAGUCGUUGUCGACGUCGGCGAGUGCGACUGCCGCGGUGACCGCGGUGAAAAGCAAAAGCAUGACUUCCACAGGGUCUACUGCAACCACAAACGUAUCGCCUUUGUCGCCGGCUGCUGCUUUGACAAGGACUACCGCACCCACCACGGCAGGCUCGGCUGAAGCCGGCGCCUCGCCUACGGCGCCAAGCAGCAAGAUGGCCGCGCCUGUCUCCACCGCUGCAGGGGCGGCAGCGAAGACUGCCAAGGCGACAACUGCGGCUGCGAUGGCCUCCGAGGCGGCGGCCUUUAUCAAGUCGAAGAUCGCCAAGAAGGUGAGUACAAUGGCCGGGCCGCGGCCGCGCCGCCCCCUCCCUCAUUUUGUGGCGCUGCCCAUCCUUGGCUCUACUUACACGAGCUGCCCAUACUACCUCAAGUCGGUGGAGCAGAUGCUGGCGCCAGAGCAGCAAUUCCCGCCUCCUACCGCUACGCUGCCCGAUGAAGGCGAGGGGUGGCCCCCCUCACAGGCAGCCGCCGCAGCACAACCCUCUUCGCCAUCUUUUUCCAUGCGAAAGUCGUCCUUGCCGGCUGCCACGGCCCCCACAGGUGGGGAAUCGAGUAAUGCUGCCGGUAUGCCUGUGCAGUGCAGUGGGGAGGUUGGAGCAGCCGGCACUGUGAGUGACUCGCCCCAGUCUGCUGCUAGCGGCGCUACGUUGAACACGCACUCGAUCGCCUCUGUGUAUGCCGGAUGUAUGAUUGUUUACGGCGCUCCUCCGCCACCUCCAACAUUGUCGUCGUCCCUCAGCACCGGCAGUGCGUCGAACACAGCAGCCUCAUAUGGCGGCACCACUGGCGAUACGAGGGCAAUCUUUGCAACUACGCCGACGCCAUCCAGUGAGGUGCCUUGUGUCGUCUACGUCGACCCUCGCAUCGAUAUUCACGCCAGCUUUCACCAGUGGCUUGCGUUUGCCGACAGCGUGCAACCGCACGUGCGGGGUUCAGCACCAAAAAUCCCGGACGCUGAUCCUGCAAAGGUGGCAGUAGUUGCUGCGACGAAGAACGCCGCGGACAGCUCAAGGCUCUCUCCUGCUCCGACCCCGUCCCAGGCAUGCCCGCCGCCGCCACCACCACCGAAGCAGUUUGCUGCCUCACGACUCUACAUCGACUUCAAGCCCGUCGAGCUUCACGGUGGUGUGUACGGGCAGGUGAUUCAGUUUGUUCAUGGAAACCCGGACAGCUUCUCCGUCGUGGCAAGCGACUUUGGGGAGUACUUGAAGUACAUUAUGACGGAGGAGUACGGCUUUACAGAGGAGCUCGAGGACGACGAUGACAAUGAUGACGAAGAUGGUGGAGAGGAGGGAGGCCGCAGCGAGCCACCGUUGACAGGGCCCACACCACUCAUCAUCACAACUACUGACGGCCGCCCGUUAACACCGGCACCAUCGCGGGCAGACUCGCAGCAGAAGAGGUAA